CGUUCACACACUGCGGUGCGGCAGCCGGCGUGUCUGAAGGAGCGGAGCGCGUCAGCUUGUGUCCAGCAUGGCUUUGUACAUUUCGGAUGUAGGUCUAAUUCUUUGAGACUGUGCACUGGAGAAAGCAGGCCCAGAAAAUGGAGAUACAGAUGGAUGGGGAUUAAAGAUAUGCCAUUCUUAGAGUGACACUUUUGUAAAGCCCACUCUCCCAAGAGUCCUUUACAUCAGAAGCUGGAGGUGGUGUGAAGGAAGACUACAUUUGUUGAUCCCUGCACCUUCGCUGGCAUGUUAAGCCAUUUAUGAUAAUUUUUCUGCCAAAAUAACAAAAAAGGAAGAGGCAGAAUUUCACAUUACAUUGAACUGAGUAUCACUGUGGCUCACAAAGCAAGUAGUUAAGCAGUAUUCAAGUUUGUUCUGUUCAGAGGUCAUUUCUAAAAACUAUUACAUCACCUAAUUUGAAAUGGCAUGCAUACGGAUUUUAGAAUACAGUAUAACUCUAUCCAGACUAUGGCUUGCAGUGUAAGACACUUCAACCUACAAAAUGCCAUACUGUAAUGUGAAGUGCUGAGCUCAGAAUUGUGGAGAACCCCAUUUACAGCAUAGCAUCCUGCCAGAGGUUGUCUAAAGCACAUCUCUGUCAGUUCUGUAGCUUGUGAGAUAUUCCUGUUAAUAGUAUAGAAUAUUAUUGUGUGCAUUACCUUCCUGUUCACUCUGUUGUAUUAACAGGCUAUCCCCUAUAAUAAGUGGUGCGCACCCUUUCAAGCUAACAGUUUUUAGAUAUUAACGUACAGCACUACCUGGCUUUUGUAUUGUACAUAGUAAUAGUAUUAGUGUAGCAUUCAAAUUACACUUCAGACUUGAAAAGUAAAAGUUUCACCAAAAAUAGUGUCCAGUGAACAGGGGUCUUUUUAAAAUCUGCAUUUGUCAGGUUAUAAUUUUAACCACCAACAAUAAGCAUCACUACGGUUAUUUUCUAAAACAGUGGAGCAGAUGCAGCUUCAGAAACUUUGCCACUGAAUUUUUUUACAGUCCUUACAAUUGUCUAUUUUAGCAUUCAUCAUGAUCUCAUCCCUGGCCAACCUUUUUUCUUCUACAAAUUUAACUAAGUCACAAAUACUGGACAAUCAUAAAUGGGGAGAGAUGGAAAUGAGAAAGACUGCUGCAACUGGCAUCCAGGGGGCUUCAGAAACAAACAAAUCUGACAGCAGUGCUGCUCCGUCUCUGUGGCAAACACUAAACCCAGGUGCGUGCCAGGAAGACAAGAGUGAUAUGAUGAAUGGGGAGGCCCAGAAAUGUGUGCAACUGCUUGUAGGUGAAAAUGCCAAAAACCCCAUCACACUAAGACAGAGUUGCUCCCACUGCCUGAAUGAUACAGGAUGCAUGGAGCGAGGUCAGUGCUUUCAGGACAGUAGGAAUGAUAAUCAAUUAGUUGACGUAGAAGGACAGGUAGCCGAAGAACUCGAUGCAAAUUGUAAUGAACCGUCCAAGGCAUGCUUAUGUUGCCAAAAACAUGAUGUUGCAGACAAUGGUAAUUUUCACCUUAGCAAAGAGAUAAAGGAAGAUACUGAAUUAGCAGAAGAGCAUAGUCUGUCAAGGAAAAGAGGGCAUCGAGGGUUGCCCCCCCCCUCAAGCACAGACAGACUGUUAUCACCAAUGGAAUUCAGGCUUUCGGCAUCCAGUUGUUCUUCUAUUAGUAGUUGCUCUGACUUUGAGACAGAUGUCAGUCCUGAAUUACAUCUGCAUUGUUCCCAAGAUAAUGUCGGAAUGAUUAACAUCCUUUCACCUGAUGUACAGCAGCAGCCACAUAUUGUUCCACUAGAUGAUGAGAUGAAUACUGAAUUUUUGGGAAGUCAAGUCAAGCAGAUGAGAGAUACUAUGAUGCCAUGUUCCCCUGAUGAAGGUUAUCCAUCUGGGCACUGCUCCCAGUCUUCAUCAUUUCCAGAGCUGGCAGAAGAUGAGGCACUUGAGAAUGGGGAAUUAUUGGAUUCUUUGGCUGGCAGCCCAGAAGAAGUAAAUGAGGUGAAUAUUCAUUCAUCCUCAGGAAUGUCUUCAAGCGGAGCUUCACCCUGCUCAGACCAAGAGUGUUCUCCCAGGACCAGCAACAGCAAAAUUCAGGUUCAAUGUCCAGAUUCCUCUAAAUGUUUCUUUGAUUAUCAGACUCAAGUGCAACCACUUUCUGGUUUUCUGGACACUUCCAAGAACACUCCAAAAAAUGUUACUGUAAAAAAUUCAAGUUGUGAAUUGCUGCAGUGGAACGAUAUUAGGUCAAAAAUGGAGAUGUUGGUUUCUGAGGACAAAUCCGGGAACAUGAGUCAGUCAGGAAGGACAUCCUUGGAUUUUUCCUCCUCUUCAUGUACAGAAACAACAUCUAAGACUAACAAUGGUGCAGAUCCUGGCACUGUCCAAAGCAAAAAUAUUCACAAUUGGGAAAAAGAAUUGGACCCAAAUUCCAAUAUGGUUUCAAAGAAUCACUCUUUAAGGAAUGUGGACAGAUCGGCAUUGACCUUAGAUUUUAAUCCACAGCAACCUCAAUGUAUAGCAGCAGAUGUGGAUUCUGAAAGGAAAUUAGCUGUAACUGAUCCAUGGGCCUGUUGGGCAGAUGUCUUGGGUGGUAAAGAAGAUGAUAAGGAUGAAGAGAAAUCCAGUGUUCUGAAGCCCAUCGGAGGUUAUGUGGAUCGUCUCUUAGGCCAACGACCACCAUUGCUAGAUUGCUGCACAGGCAGCUGUGAAAAACGCAAGAAUGUGACCUCGUUCCAUGAAAUGGCUAGACGAAGGAAACGUGCUUCAAAUCAGAACUCUCUGAAUAAUGAAAGAGCAGAUUGGCUCAUUAUCUUUUCACCGGACACUGAAUUUCCUCCAAAGUCAUUUAGCACUGGCUUGGGGGGGUUUGACCAAGCAACAGUAGAAGAAAGUCUACAAAAAUGCUCUGACCAAGGAGGUUCUAAGGUCACCACAUUUAAAGAGCUACGAUAUAAAAGUAAGCAGCCCCAUAGUACAGCAAACACUUCUGGGUUGACCUUGUCUGACAAAAAUGAGAGGGAGAGCCUUGCACAUCUGAAUUCAUCAAAUCAAGGGUUAAACAGCCUACCACCCAAUAACUGGAUGUCCAGUCAGUCCAAAACAGAAAAUGAUAGUAUUCCACUCUGCCUUGAACCAAAAACAUGCACUAACUUCCAGAAGCCCCCUGCAGGAUUGUAUUCCCAAAGUCAGUCACAGUCGCCACUAGUUCGGAAGCCAUCCCGGUCAACACUGCAGCCAAUUGCUGAAGGUGUCGGAGAAGGAGAUGUUAACCCAGUGAAGAUAGGAACAUCCACCAGCGAAAACAGUUUUCUGGCAUCAGGAUGUGACCCAUUGGUGAACCGCGGGACUGCUGAUGGUGCAAGGAGUAAGGACCAUUCAGCUACAGGCACUGCUCCUAUUCUGCCUCAGCAGCUUUCCCCUUACUUUCUGCACCAGUACCAGAGCAAUGUCAGCCUGUCCUCUCUGCCAUGUCGUCACCAGCGCCUGUUGUUUCGCCACCACUUGGCCUCCACAGGAAGUCAGCUAUUGUUUGGCACUGACUCUGAUCCAGAACUCCAAGUUCUGGGGCCCAGGCCUUUUCUCUACUAUGGACAGCUUGGGGAAGCCCUUUUUGGGGCUACUACACCUCCCUUUGACCUGUUCUCUCCUGAUGAUCCUCUGUUCCUUCCCCCAACUCCCCCCCGACUCUCUCCUGUAGGUGCCUAUUCCCCUCCUCUAAGGUCAUCCUUGCCCAUUCUAGGUUCUGACCUAGCUAGUCUCUGCCAACCAAUGUUCCCUCGCAGUUGCACCCUUCCCAGCCUAAAAACUGUCCACCUUUCUUCCCCGGACCCCUCAUCAGCUCAGGACAGGACUGUCUGUAGAGAUGCCACAGAAGGUAGCCACCCAGAAAUGAGCGGAGAAGGCCAAGGGACCUGGGCAUCAGUGUCUCCUUCUUCUACUAGAUCAUGUAAACAGCCAGCAGUGCGCAGCCUUUCUUUCGCUGGCUCGCUACAAGCUGGAGAUGCUUGGAUGGCCCAGUACGCCGGGACCUCUCUGUUGGAGCAGGAGGUGUGCCUUCAGCAAAAGAGAGCUCUGGUUGGUGCAGUAAGUGCAGCAGUGGAGGAGAUAGUGUCUCAUUUCAGCUCUUCUCGGACACUCGUACAGAAGGCCCAGUCUGGAGACAGCAGAUUGAACCCGUCUUUGGCUCGUGUGGUCCUCCAGUCCUUAUGUCCUGCUCUACGCUGCUUGUUGUCAGAUGGCUUAAAGCCGUACCUGAGUGACAUCAUUGUGGGACGUAGAAAAAAUUCACCAUGGGGAUUGGUUGAAGCUUCCACUCAGCCAGGUCCUUGUACACAAGCACUGUAUUCUCUGUAUUGUCGGCUUGGGCAGCUGCCUCAGCUUUGCAACUCUACAAAGAAGUUCAACGCUUUCAUCUUUGGCCUACUCAAUCUAAAGCUCUUGGAUUUCUGGAUUUCACACCUCCAGGGAUGUGAAGAUGUGCUGUCCAUACACUACAACACCAGCUCUUUCCUGCGACUGUCAUAUUCGUCCUGUGAACACCUCUUUGAGGAGCUGCUUCUCCUACUGCAACCACUUUCUGUUCUGACCUUUCACCUUGACUUGCUCUUUGAACAUCAUCAUCUAGAGACUGCAGCUUUGCCACCAGCCAAUCAGAGUGUACAGAGAGCCAUCUCUUCCAGUUGUCUUCCUAGCUCAGCAAAUUCAGUCACACAAGUUCCAAAUGGAAAGGCAGUCACCAAGCUGGAGUGUCACAAUCUCAACGUAACCAAUUUAGUGCCCUGCAGAGAACGAUCAUUAAAUAAAUCGGUCUUGCCUAAUGUUGAGCACAAGAGAAACUGCAUAGCCAUUGGUAAUUCUGCAGAUGUGGUGGAUCACAUUUCCAGUGGUGCUGGGUUUGCAAAGCACCAGGAAAAAAAAGAGCACCCUGCCAAUCAGUGCAAUUCCACUGGAGAAGUAAACCAAAUGCCAACUGGCUUAACUAAUCAGGAAAUUACUGAAAAGGAGAAAGUAAGUCAGAUGCCUGCAAACAUGGUAGAAAAAAGUGACUGGCAGCGUGCAUCUUUCCAAACUGAGAAGCCGGUGUCAAACAAAGCUGGCCAGGCCAUACAGCGUAGUUGGAAUCAGUUAAUGCAGUUGGGUGGUAAACUUGGCCAGAACUGGUCUGGAAAAAACCAUGAUGAUAAAGCCACAACAGAGAAGGAUGGAACAGAAAGAGAAGAUAGCUGGUGGGGUCAGUUGAGCCAGAGUUCAAAAGUCUACUUGUCACCUGCACAAAAUAAUUCAUUUUUAGCCAAAUGGUCACGAGGGAAAUGUAGCAGUAAGGUGUCUCAAACCAUCUCAGUGGGUAAUUCUUUAAACACCCAUCCAAAACAUGAUGACAUCUCAGUUACCCAGUUGUAUAAUAAUACAGUGCCAGUGUCUGUGACUGACCAGAGUGGCUUUGGGCAUAGUCAACCAACAGAAGCACCAGCUACAAAUCUGGCUGAUUCUAAUAACUGCAUCAGUGGUGAGAGUCCAGUUUGGAGGUUGGGGAGGUUGUUUGGUGCAUCAGUGAGCUCCAAGGUGUUAACCCAGGUUGAUCUUAAAGGUGCCCAUCAGAAAAUCAGACGUCCGUCUAGUUGGCUGGCACCUAACCUGUCUGUCUUUAACCGCUUCCUCGGAGGUGCAUCUCUAGAGCAAACUGAGUGGUUAAACUCUGCCCAGGCUAACAUGCAAUCAUCCAAAACUGCUGAAGAAGAGACCAAACCCAGCAGGGCAGUUCGUGCAAUUUGUGACCAUGAGGGCUCCGGGGAGGAACUUAGCAUUACCAAGGGGGAGGUACUGAUUGUGGUUGAGGGUGUAGACGAGGAGUGGAUUCGCUGCCAGCAAGGAGAUCAGAUGGGACUGGUUCAGAUUGGCUACACUUCACUCAUCAUGUAAAAGCCAGCUUGCAGAGUUAAAAUGUUACAAUUAUAUAGAGUAAACAGGAGGUGAGGACCUAUUGCGUCUUAAAGAUUUUGGCUGAAUAUAUACUAAUGCUGCUUGGCAAAUGAUCUCCUCAACAUGACACCCCUUUGCCUUGAUGCACACAUCUGCUAAGCAAAGCUUUAUUUUGCACCUAAUAUGCAAGUGAUAAAGACUGCUGGGAGAAGACACACUGGAGCUGAGGCUGAUGUGGCACACCGUCUUAUUUUGUGUUUUCUGACCGAGACUGAAUUAAGUAGAUGUCCAUCUGUUUUGAUGGCUAGCAUAUGUCCUGUUGUUUGUAUGUGUAACACCAUUAUGAGCAUAAAAACAAAAUAUUCAUUAGCCAAAGAACAAAAAUAAUGACAUAACCAUGGUGUAAACAAUUGUUUGGUCAACACAACAGGUUUGGUGAAUGUCCAGAAUCUGUUAUGGAAUGUUUUCCUUCAAGAAGAUUCUGUCUCUCCAAAAAGCACAGAGUUUCAAUAUGUAAAUGUGUCACAAAGAAAAAAAAUAUCCUUCAUUGACAGUUUAAGCCAAAGUAGUGCUGGACAAUGUGGUGGGCCCAGAAAGGCCUUUCAGUGAGACUUACAGAAAGUGAAGAAUGACUCCUACUUUCAGAUAUUAAAUAUAAAUGCAUUCUGUUCAGUUUACUAUAGUAAGAUAAUCUUUGAACUUAACAACAAUGGCAGUGUGAACUAGAAAAUAUGAGGAAUAACAAACAUGGAGAAAGGUAUGGUGUAGUAUUGGUUAAAAGUUGUUUCAGAAUAUAUUCAUGCUAUUCAAGGCAGCAACAGAAUCAUCUGCUUUACUGUCCAUUUAUAAUGGGUUAUGAGUAUAAAUGGCACAACCGCAGUUGGGCAAAGCAUUCAAAACGUGCCUGCUUGCAUAUACCUAUGAUAUCUUGGCAGACAUCAACACCAGGGUGCUACUGACUUUUUAUUUCAGUUUUGCAGAUACAGAUAAGUAACCCAAAAACAGGCAGGCAUUACUAAUAGGUAAAGGGGUUAUCUCAUAAUGCAGUGGGGCAGCUAGCUCACUGUUAUUCCACUUUUAGCUACCUCCAAAGGGGGCUGCUUACCUCCACAUAUUAUCUGCUCUGUAUUUUCUGCCGGUUUAUGCUACCUCCAUGCCUGUUAAUACCCUGGUCCACACUUAUCCCAUGCAGUUAUAUAUGUCACGUGUACAAUGGAAUUGUUUGUGUAUGAUUGGCCAAUAUAUGCCAUACUACAAGUCUCUGGCACUGUGAUCAUUGAGUGUUGUUAGUCAGACUUGCACUGAAUCCUUGAUAUCUCUGCAAUUAUCUUUUUUCAGAAGUUAAAAAGAUGUUAAAAAAGGAUUCAUCUUACCAAACUCAAACAUGCACUAUUUCUAAUUAAUGCAGAGAUUACAAAUAUACAAUCUGAAAAAACAUUUAAAAGUGUUAAAAAGAAUUGGGUCAUCAUGUAAAGCAUGAGUCCCUCCAUUAAGAGGCUCACACUGCCUUCCACUUCUCCUGGCCAAAUAAGAAUGGUGGUGUGUUCUAAACAGGCUUGGAAUUGGAUGAGUUCUUUCAGUGUUUCACUCAGGUUCCUAUGAAUAAAUAGCUGUUCUUCUGAGCCUAAAGAGAGCAUAUCCCCCUGUAAUAAAAUGGAGUGUAACUCAACCAAGUGGGAGAAUCUGAAUGUGCAUUUGCAUUUAUAUGCCCAUAUUGACCUCACCAUAGGUGGAGUUCACCAUGUGGCGUAGUGUGGCUCUCAUAUUUCUGAAAAACAUUCCUUACAGGUAGGCUUUGUAGAUUUAAUGUCUAGACCUUAUUGAAUAUUAGUGAGAAACAAAAAAUGAGAAAAGGUGAAUUAUGUUUAUAUGGACUUUAAUAAUGAGCAGUAGCACAAAACUCUACAGAUCAGGUAAGAAUGUGGAAGAACAGUAGGAAUCAAUAACAAAUAUGACAUUGAGUGUGAACAGGAUAGAUAGAAGAAACUUUUAACUGUUUUUUAUAAGGACCUUGGAUGAGACUAGUGUAGCAAUAAGGGUUAGUCAACUAGUGAGAAAUUACUCACAGACCUGACCCUGUCCAUUUCAAGUUCUAACAAGGAGAGGCUAGCUACAAACCUGGAUCUCCCCAGUCAGUAAACUACAACUUCUCCAUAUACCAUUCUUGGCUCAAUGGCCCACUAUAAACUGCAUUCUGCAGGGGAACUUGUUAUACAGCAGUAGUCUCUCCCCCUCUCCUGUCCGUCUUUCCUUGCUCAUUUUUCCCAAGAGAGUCCUGGUAACAGCACCCUUUGUGUUUCCUCAGAUAGUUGCCAAGGAUAGCCCUCCUUCUCAGCUGUCCAUCAUCUCAGGAGCAACAGGACUCAGCUUGGGCCCUUUGGAUUACAGAACAGAACAAAUCUUUUGAUGUAGAUGCAGAGAGGAGUGCUUUGAAAUAGGAAGGUUAUGAGUUUGGAUCCUGCUGCUGCAGUGUCAGAGUGUGCUGCCCUGGACAAAUUUCUUUGAAGACAGAUUUUAAAUCUUUAAAAAAUAGUAUGGCUCUAACCAAGGACUAAGGGGAAAGUGAACCUAUGCCAGUUGUCCUGGAGUAAUAGAGGCUGUGACAAAACAUUCUUAAGGGUAGGUAAGGUCAACUUCAUGUUAUUAAAUGUAUUAGGGGAAAAAAUGGGCAGGUGGACUUUUCCCCAAUUGCCCUACAUAAGUAGGGCACUCUGUCUAAAAUGCAUUGAUUGCAUCAGACAAAACCAGACCACUGGCCUUCUUAUAAGAGCAGGUUUGGUUGUCCUCUUGCUCUUGUCACUUGUAGUUUUUGUUAAAAGCCCUGGGCAAUCUUUUCUGAGAUGUACCUAUGAUGUGGUUAGUCUCAUGAGGCAAUAGUGUUUCUGAGAAAGUAAUAUAAACAGCAGUGAGACCUUUACAUGGUGGCUCUUUCCAAGUCUCAAAUGUUUCUCCAUAACAGAGCCAUUGUAAUCAUUUGUAUUUUUAUCCUUUAGAUCCAAAUACAUGUGGCACGCAGGCCAAGUGGAUGCAUUUGGCCAGUUAGUGCCAGUCCAUGUUGAACCAUGUUGAUCUCAUGAUGCAUGAUCUUGAUUAUCCCUCCAAUCCUGUGCCACUAUGCAUACUUGAUGACAGAAGCUAAGGUCCAAAUAUGUGGUUAAACUGUGAAGAUCAUUUGCUUAAAGGAUCAGACAUACUGUAAAGCAGAUUAUUGUUCAACAUGUCUUAAAGACUUAAAAUCUCAUAGGAAUUAAAACAAAUACUGAUGGGAAGUGGAGAGUAGUGGAAGUACUUGAGCCUUCUGAAGAAAGCAUGGAUCAUUAAAGAGGCUCUGAAUUCAUAGUCAUAUAGCCGAAACCUUGGAGACCUCGUUUUGCUGGUUUGACACUCUGCCAUUAAAUAUUUUUGUUGCCUUGUAGGUCUCAGUCACAAAGGACAAAGUUACAGGAACUGGGAAUAAAGAUUUGUGUGGUUGUGCAGCACUCACAAUGAGGGUCCACCAGAUUUGUACAGUCUACUCUUGGGAUGCAUUAUAGCAGUGCAGGACGACCCUCCAUUCCCUAAUUUGCUACAAUUCUUGCAUGGACAUGUGAUAAGAAACUGGAAUUUUCCAUUUUCUAGUGGGCAACCUGAAGUGUGCUGUCAAGCCUUUUUGAUCUUUUGGUCCCUGAUACUAAGGUGCUAAACCACUUGUCUAAGUAUUUAUGGUUGUGGAUACCAGUCCUCAUUUGAAAAAAGGUCUUUGCAGAUCCCAGCCUAUUACAGCUACUUUUGCCAUGCUUUUAUUAUUUACUCAAGUUGAACGAAACUGUCAGUGCACUAGAGGCAGUGCAGAAAGUGUGAAAUCCACCCAGGUAGUAAUCAUGCCUGAUGGGACUCCAGCCUUAUUACCUGGAGUUUCAUUACUAAAACUGGAAGACACCACCUUGGGGAUGUUGAGACCCCUGAUUUGUGCUGCAGGGGGUGGAGGCUUAUCAUUCUGCCAUAAAAUUCCAAGACAUGGGUUAGUCAGGUAAAUUAGCAUGUGGGGGACAGAAGUACAACUUAAAGAUGUGGGCACCUUUGGUGGCACAUAGACACACUUUAAAGACAGCACUUAUUUAAGUAAUGUCAUGUGUCAGUGAGCUUUUCUUGUGGAUUGAUGUCAAUGCUGGAUAAGAACCAGAAAAAGCCCUGGAUCUGCUCUAGCGACCAUCAGCACCUAGUACUGUACUGUACUGUAUGUACCACUGAAGUCUCUGCUUGCUGACAAGUUGUGUUCCAUGCAGUGGUUACUUCCUUAUUGUGCGUCCAAUAUACAUGCUUCCAAGAGAUGGCCUCUGGUGGGUUUUUUUUGUUUUGUUCUUUUUCCUGUAAAUAAAUAUUUAUUUAAUCUCAAU